AUGGCAUCCGGCUACGACAGAGCUCUUUCAGGCACCUGCGCUGUCGGGGUGAAGGGAAAAGAUAUUGUUGUCCUGGGAUGCGAAAAGCGGUCGGCGAUGAAACUUCAAGACACCAGAAUUACUCCCUCCAAAAUCGGACUCAUCGAUGAACAUGUUUGCCUUGCUUUUGCCGGUCUGAAUGCGGAUGCUAGAAUAUUGGUCGAUAAGGCAAGAGUCGAGGCUCAGUCCCAUCGAUUGACAGUCGAAGAUCCAGUGACGAUCGAAUACAUCACGAAAUAUGUUGCCGGAGUACAGCAACGGUAUACGCAGAGUGGUGGUGUCCGACCCUUUGGUAUUAGUACGUUAGUGGUGGGAUUUGAUAACGGCGAUUCAACUCCUCGUCUUUAUCAGACUGAGCCCUCAGGAAUAUACUCCGCAUGGAAAGCCAAUGCGAUCGGCCGGUCGAGCAAGACUGUCCGGGAAUUCUUGGAACGAAAUCACAAGGAUGGGAUGGAUAGGGAAGAAACUAUCCAACUUACGAUUAAAUCGCUACUUGAGGUCGUCCAGACUGGUGCCAAGAACAUCGAAAUCGCGAUCAUGGCUCCUGGGAAACCGGUGGAGAUGCUCCCGAGCGAACAGAUUGAGACCUACGUCAAGAGCAUAGAAGCGGAAAAGCAGGAGGAAGCGGCUAAGAAGAAGACAGGAAGGACUCCAGGAACCGGAACCGCUGCGAUACUGACCCGGGGCGGUGGAGAGGGCUCCGCUAGCUGA